AUGGCAUCUGCCUCGGCCCCUCCUGAACUCUCGCAGCCCUCGACGCUGCUCACGCAUCCCACGCCAGCUGCUGCCGACCUGGCUCGAUAUGUCACGCUACCAGCUACACCUUUUGCCACGGCAAAAACCUCGACCAUCUCGGUCGGUUCCGCCUACAAACUCUCCUCGGAUGCAAGGUCGCUGCGCCGUUUGAAGGCAACGCUGCCCAUCCUCAUCGCCGGUCAUGCGCUCAACCUCGUCAAUCCGCAGACGCAAACGCCCAUCCAAAGCUUCACGCUUUCCUCUGCAGAGAUCGCCUCUUCGCCGCCUCUCACCCUUCUCCGCGCGCUCAGCGCACGACGCUCGCUCCGCACCACCUACAUCGGCAUCCAGUCCUACUCUCGAGCCAAGUCCGGUGAUGCUGCUCUUACCGCUACGCAUCAUCUUUGCGCUUACAUCGAGCAGCUCUCCGCAAAGGGCAAAGAGAGUGCCAAAGUGGACGUCAACAAGGUAUUGCUUUCCGUCAACAAGCCCAUCCGUCUCAUCCACGCCCUUGGCGAUGGUCGCCUCGUUCUCACCCAUUCAGAUGACAGCCUCACCAUCGUCUCUGCCCUGUCCUUCACCUACGACAACCACAACGACAGCAACAACGUCGAUGACGAUGACCAAGUCGUCUCUAACCAAGCACUCGCCAGCUCGUUUCAAGUCAUCGACACCAUACACGCCUCUCAACACCGCAGUGCUGACCGAUGUCAUUUCUACGUCAACUUGCUCGACGCUGCUUCGGCAAAGGGUCUCAUCGCUGCUAGCUCCAAGAUCGAGGACGCUGCUGUGGUCGGCUUGCGCGUCGCCAUCACUUCGGAUGUCAAAUCGUCGUCGUCCUCCUCCUCCUCCUCCACCUCCACCACCACCAGCAACAUCCAAGACGACGCAGCCAAGAAGAAGAAGCGUUCCAAGCGUUCCAAGCACGGCCUCAGCCAAGCCGAUGACGACCAAUUGCAAGACACCGAUAACCUGCUGCCACUAGCACACGCUCCGACCGGCCCGCUCAUCCUAGAGCUCACUGCGUUUGUCAAGAGCUUUGACGGGGCCGAGUCGUCGAUCGCCACCAUCAAGCUCGGCCAGGUCCAAGUGCCCAGCAUUUCCAACGCAAGACACGUUGUCGACGUACAAAUGCAUCCUCAUGGCCGCCUUGCCGUCUUGGGCUUUGAUGGCCAGCUCACCUCGAUGAGCCUCGCCACCUCGGCCAGCAGCGAGCCGCUACUGAGCAACCUCAACAUCAACAGGCUUGACGCAUUGGCGCAUGCGAGCAGCUCGCGCGCUUCCUCUUCUUCCACCGCCUCACCCUCGUGCUGCCUGCUUCUCAGUCGCGAUCAUGCACUCAUCGUGGGCGUCACUCGACCAACGCCAGCCACUGCCGAUAAGGAACGUGUCGUGGCACUCAUCGUCGACCUCGAACUCAACGCCGUGCUCAAACAGAUUGACUGGGCGCUUCCCAUGGUUCCAGUUUCCAGCACCGCCGCUUCCUCCUCUGGCUUGCUUCAGCGCAUGUCUAGUAUCUCGGCAUCGCGUAUCGCUGGCUCGACAAGCAUCAUUACCAUCGGUCCUCCCACCCUUUCCUCUCGCACCUCGAGCUCAUCCGACAAAGCCGAGGCUCUGGCUCAGCUUCAUCAGCGCCGCGUUUGUCUGCUCUCCCUUCCCUUUGUGGUUCCUGAAAUGAGCGUGCUGCGCGACGCUCUAGGCAAAGGUCAGCUCACAGCGAGGUGGAUGCAAACCUCUGAUCAAGCCAUCCUAACGCGUUCUGGUGUACAACUGGACGCAAGCAGAACCGCUUUGCUCGAACAGAUCCAGACCAUCUCGCAAGGUAGUAACAAACCAGCCAGCAAAGGAGCCGAGCUUCAUUCGGCCGUCUCCAGCUGGCUCGACGUCGCAACGCAAGACGGACGCAUGCUCGAGACGCUCAGCGCACACGAAGCCGACAGCGUCUUCUUUGGCGAGCUGCUUCAACUUCUUCUGCCCGCCCCACCCCAACGCAGCAGCAAGGGCAAUGGUGUCGGCAGCGCUCCUUUGCUGGCACGAGCGGCUUUGCUCGCUCUGCUGAAGCACCCUCGAGCUCAUCCUUCCAUCUUUGCUACACUCAGGCCUUGCCGUGCUACAGAAGCGCCGACAGCCAACGUCUCGGUGCAGGCCAACGGAGCUGGACUCGCCGAAUUCUGGUCAAGACUGGCAGCGUGGAACGAUGCACAGCUGACGCGUGCCGCCUUGAAGCGCAUGCCCGACAUUGGCGAAGACACGUUUGUCUCGGUGUUGCUCUCUGCACUUCGCGGCUUGCUUCAGAUAAAGAGGCGCGGCGACGCCGUGAGUGCCAAAACGACUCGACCGUACAUGGCCUUGUUGGCGCACGUGGUGCAGCUACGCGUUUCCAGGCCGACACUGCGAAGCGCUCUGAAAGCUCAGCUGCGCGACGAUGUGAAUCCGGUCAUGGCGCUCUUGCAGCUUUGCAAUGCAUGGCUGAGCCAAAUCAUCCAGCUUCCUUUGUCCGAGGUUGAAGCUAAAUCGCAUGCCACGGUGGCGGGGCAAGCCAGAGUGCCCGAUGCGGACGCUGUGAUGGCGUUGGCCAACGAUGUGCUCGAUACGUUUUUCCCGCUGUUGCUUGUUACGCCGCGCUCGCACGCAACAGUCCAGUCAUUAUCGCGGACGAUUUCUCGCUACCUGCAACUCAUGUCGACGCUGCGCCUGCUCAACGCGCCGCUCUCGGCAUUUGCCAAGUUACAGCAGGAGUGCGAGCUGGUCGCUCGUACCGAAGCGGCUGACAAGAGCCACAAAGCCGGCGGCACCACAUUGUCGGCCAGCGGUGCUGUCGCGUCGGCGGGUAAUGCCAAGGUGCAGCCGAGCAGCAAAGCAGACGCUGCGGCGCGUGCAGAGAUGGGCGGUGGACUGGGCAUCAAGCUUGGCACGCAGGGUGAAGCCAAGACACGUCGUGUGCACUUGCUCGAACAGAGCAUGCUCGUGGGUGCGUACAGCUUUGAGCGUCUCGAGAUCUGA